CUGGACCUUCGUCUUGUCAAACAUUCUCUGCAGGCUGGAUCUCUCAGUGGGAUAUCCGUUCAGCCUGGAGAGAGAGGAUCCUCCAGACCAGACGAUUCCCUUCAGAGCUCAGCUCAGGAGGCUGAUCACACUGCUGUGACACCGACACCUGACCCAGGGAGCAGUCCGCCCCCUUUGAUGUUACAACCCGCCCCACGCACCCACGGACCGGCCCCAGCGGGCCCGAAAACCCAGGAUGGUAUCACCACAAAGCCCACAGCCUCACCCAAAGAAGAAGACACACCUAACGCCGUAACUGAGGAACUUUAUCAACCCCGUCCUGAGCCAGGGCCUCAGGAAGAGCGUUUAAAUUCAAACGUUGACAUUUUGGGGAAAGCUGGGGAUCCAUCGAGCUCAAAAGAGAGCGUUGAAGUUAAGAGUCCCUCUCCCUCCAGUGAAGAUGUGGAUAGUUCAAAGAAAAAUCUUGUACCAGCCAAGGACAGUGUGGGGACUACAAUCUCAAGUCCUGGUAUUCAGUCAGAGAAAAACACAACAGAAGCUUUCUCUAAUGGUCCUCCUCUAAUCUCUGGCUCCACCUCAGACCCAGGCCUUGUUGCCUCUGGCGGGCAUCCCUCGUUUGAAGGAGCGGGAGGAACGGUGGGAGAGAGGCAGGAGCCAUUAUCAUCAGAGAUUACAUCUCCGUUCUCAGCAGACGGCGGCCCCUCUCCUGGUGUCCCGGGAGCACCACCAGAAAAAGGAGCAUCAGAGGAGUCCGCCCCAAACCGGACUCAGUCCAGCUCCACGUCACACAGCAGAGGAACACCACAGACUCACGGGAGCAAUGUUUCAGCCGCUCACAUUAAAGGAAAAGAUGAAAUAGAAGGCAAUUUGAAGGCUGCUUUGCCCAGUCCAAGCAAAAAGCAGCUCCCACCCGAAGAAAACCAGAGUGGGGCGACAACAGAUGAAAGUGAAGAUGAGGAUGAGGCAGAUUUAGGGCCGGUGGACGAAGCAUACGAGCACAAAGACGUGGCUGAGGGCAGUUAUGACAGUGACCACUCCUCAUCUGAUUUAGCCCCUCAGUUCAGUGGUGCAGGGGUCACUGCCCAUUCAGGAACAGAGCCGACCCCCCCGGAUAAGACAGCCAAUCAGACACUGGCACACACAGCUGGACCUGACAAGGAACAGUCCAGACCUGGAACCAGAGGUCAAAGGGGACUGCAGGGUUCGCCAGGGCCAACAGGACCACCUGGACCUAAAGGAGACAAAGGCUAUCAAGGCGUCAUGGGCAGGACUGGGCAGACGGGAUACCGGGGCCCGGUCGGGCCCCCUGGGAUGCCGGCCAUUGUUGUUUUCAAAACAUCUGAUGAAGAGUGGGAAGCUUUUAAGAAAAAGAAAAUCUACAAAAAGCUUGUUUCUUCCUGGCCGAAACGCAAAGGGCCUCCAGGCCCUCCUGGACCUCCUGGUGAAGAUGGACCAAUUGGGCCUCCGGGAAUAACUGGAAGGCAAGGAUCAAAAGGGCCUGAGGGCAAAACUGUGGGUAUCUCAAUUCUUUUACUAUCAGAGGCAGUCCUGGUCCACAAGGUAUACCAGGUCCUCAGGGAAGGCCUGGAAGGGACGGACCGCCAGGACAGAAUGGUGACCCAGGACCACCAGGCUUACCUGGAGAUCAGGGUCUCAAAGGCUACAGAGGAGAGAUGGGCAGCAAAGGGGAGCUGGGUGAGUGGGGUUAUCAGGGGGAGGCUGGAAUACAGGGACGUAGAGGACAAAAAGGAGAUAAGGGUCACCAGGGGGAAAUUGGCAACAGAGGACCAGCUGGACCACAGGGAGAGCCUGGUCCAGAUGGAACAGUUGGGUUUACUGGUGUCCGGGGUCCCCAGGGUGCUAAUGGGAAUCCAGGAAAGCCUGGACCCUCAGGUGAUCCCGGAGCUAAAGCCAGGCGAGGCGGGAGGGGAGAUCCAGGGUUCACGGGAGACCUGGGGCCUCCGGGGCCUCCAGGAAAACGAGGAUUUAAAGGCCGUCGGGGCUCCACAGGGUUGCAGGGAUUUGAGGGUCCAACAGGGGCGCCGGGGCCUCCUGGACCUGCUGGGUCUGAUGGCAUCAUGGGAGAGCAGGGGAAACAGGGAAAAGAUGGACCUAAGGGUCGUGAAGGCCAGGUGGGAUUUUCGGGGUUGCCUGGUCUUAUUGGAGAAAUCGGAAAACCAGGAGAGACGGGACUUCGUGGAAAACCAGGUGUAA